AUGUCAAAGGAAGGAGAGUUGGUCAAUCUUUCUGCCACCCGCGCGGCCCCCUCUGAUGACGGCAAGGACGUAUUUACAGAUACCUCCAGUAGUGAGGAUGAGGGCGAAGACUUGCAACAGCUCUACAGACAAGUGUUGAGAGAUCGUUCGGCAUCAGAACAGGAUUUAUUCAUAGAGGAACUGGUAUAUACCAAGGAAGAGGAGGGUAAAGUCAUUCGAAAGCUGGAUACAAGGCUUUUCACAGCGGUCCUACUGUCGACUUUUGUCCUGAACAUCGACCGCACCAAUAUCUCGAAUGCUAUUUCUGCGGGUCUACCUCAGGACCUCGGCUUCACGAUCAACACUGUCAACACUGCUAAGCGAGUCAAAACAUUUCGCCAAGAACUGCACGUCGCUGACACUUUCCACAGUCAGGUGUAUGCUGUGAUAUUCACCAUCGCGACCCUCUUUGGAGCCGUUGUUGGGAAGUUCGUCGGCCCCCACCGAUACAUACCAUUAGCCAUGUUCUCAUGGGGAAUCGUCACACUCGCACACGCAGCAAUCACGAAUGAGGCUGGAUACUUUCUCGUCAGAUCCUUUAUUGCACUGACCGAAGGAGGUGUCAUCCCCGCCACAUUGGUCUACCUGGGAACAUUUUACAAAUCAGAUGAACUGGUCACUCGAUUGUCCUGGUUUUGGGGGAUCCAAGCGGUAGCAUCGGCAGUUAGCGGUAUCAUGGCGAGUGGAUUACUGAGGCUGCACGGUGUCAGAGGCCUGUAUGGCUGGAAGUGGCUCUUCCUUGUUGACGGAGCUUUGACGUUGACUGUGGCUGUGUGGCUAUGGUUUUACCUUCCUGGAAGUGUUGCCACUACAGCAGGGGGACUACGGACAAUUAGCAGGACAGAGGGUUGGUUCGAUGAACGUCAACAGAGCAUCGCUGUCACUCGGACUAUUCGAGAUGAUCCGAACAAACUCAAGUACUUGACCACUCGAGUGACAUUGUACGAUAUUAAAGAUGCCUUGACGGAUCGUCAUGUCUGGGCGCACUUGAUCCUUACCAUGAUCGGUCUGACUCCCGGAGCACCUCUAGGAACAUAUCUGCCCACCGUCAUCAAAAGUUUCAAAUAUUCCGUCUUUGCUGCCAAUGCUCUCACCGCGCCUGUGUACAUUCUUCAAUGUAUAUCCAUGGUUCUCAUGGGCUGGCACUCUGAUAAGACCAAGGAGAGAGGUCUACAUGGAUUGUUCGGCGCCACUUGGUUCUUGGUGGGAUUCGUCAUUCUUCGCGUCUUACCUGAGGAUGCACCCCGAGGUGCAAAAUACGCCGGAGCACUUAUCGCUGGCAGCUGGCCUCAGACUCACAGCUUGAACAUUGGCUGGAUGACGGAAAACACCGCAGGCGUGGCGAAACGGACGGUCGCCAGUGGAGCCAUCAUUGGCGCAGCUAACAUUUAUGCCGUCUGGGCCAGUCAGAUCUAUCGUGCAGACGACUCGCCUCAGUACAAAAGAGGAAACGAUAUCAACAUUGCCUUUUGUGGCGCGGCCAUCAUCCUGUGGAUACUCAUCAAGCUCGAUUAUAAACGAACCAAUAGGAAACGAGUACAAAGGUGGCAGAGUCUGCCACCGAUGGAAAAGCAAGAGGUGGCUCAGAGAGCAGAGCUGGAGGGAAGCAGGAGUCUUCUGUUCAAAUUCGUACAUUGA